UCCACUACCCGGGCCGUCACUCUUUGGAGCCAAGCUGAGACGAUGUCUGCCACUCAGCCGCCCGGCAGCGACGCUCAAACCGGAAAGGCCGACAAAGCUGAACCCGAGGCAAAGACGAAAAGCGACAGGUUUUCGCGAGUGCCGGGUCUUCGCGGGGUGCAAACCACGACGCUAUUCCGAGCCAUUAACCCAGAGCUCUUCAUAAAACCGAACCGCUACGUGAUGGCGUUUGGGCUCGUCACGAUGUCCAUGUGCGUCGCGUACUUGGCGUACAUGCGCGCCGAGUACGCAAACUCGCAAGCGGAGGAGCAGCAGAUGAACCCCGGGAGGAGAAGAACGCGAUGGGACUGAUGGAUCCUUCCACAACAACGAGGAGAUGUUUUGCCCCCACUGUUUGGAACUGUGCUUCCCACAGCCCUCUGUGCUGUUGACUCGCUGCCCCUGUUCAAGUUACAGGCGCGCUAGACCUUUUUUUUUUCUCUUCUGCCUCUAAAUUAAUGUCUAUUUAACCUGUAUAAAAUAACACAUGCCCACUGUUAAAUCUUGACUUAAAGCUUUGAUGACUGCAGGAAUUCAUAUUCUUUGGGUCUUUCGGUAAAGUCACGUAGAUAGGUUCAAAGAAAAUAACAAAAUAACAAAAAACUAUGACUUUCCGAUGGCAACACAAGCGGUUUGCGUGACUUUACCGAAAGACCCAAAGAACAUGCCCACCGUUCCUGUGCGGCGUUCCUUGUGAUGCGAUCGCAAUUAGACACAAUGUACGUGUACACGUCAGGCCCUUUUGUCAAUCCGCUGCUGGAUGAGGGGUCCUCCCUACACUGUGCGGGUCGUGAGAGAUAUUUCACCAUACUUCACCACGCCGGUGAUUGCGGGCGAGGCUUUGUGGAGACGAGGAGAUUAUCCGUGCGGGGUGACAUAGAAGUAAAGGACAACAGUAGAUUGUUUUGUGGCACUGCUAUCUACUUCUCACAGUGUAGCUGAGCAGCCCACUUGUUACGCAUUGUGGGUACCUGCUUCCAAGCACUAUCCAGGCUUAAACCUGCUUAGCUUCCAAGGUCUGAUGGGAUCGGGUUGCUUUCCGGAUGGUUUGGUCAAAGUUGGACAUUAAUCAUUUCUCGGUGCACGAUUCUGAUGCGUGCGUGUGUGUGUGUGAGUGGGGACAGGCGAUUUAAAAUAGUACGUACGUACUGCUGUUUAUAAUAAAAUGAACAUGACGGUUAUCUAGCGUUUUGUAAUCUUUUGUGAGUAUUUAAGGAGAGUUUAGUUUAAACAUUCGAUUGUUAUUGAUUCGAGUGAUAUUUUUAAUCCAGGGUUACAAACCCCACGUGUUGACUCACAACUCCCCAGCAGUUAUUGCCAUGUUAUGUUAUUGUAAUAAUCGCAUUUAAACAUGCUCAAAACGUAUUUCAUCCUGCCCAUUGUUGGACUUGCAAUUGCCUUAUUAAGCUUGACGAGGAUUAGCCUCCUCUGAAGUUCACAUUUUCGUAGUGGAUACGCCUAUCAGAGAGGGGGCCGUUGAGAG